AAAAGAUUGGGAAGGGCGCUCGAAGUCCGAACACAUGCAAGAAUACCAAUUUGGGAAAUCCUCGUCGUCUUGCCAUCUUGACUUUAUACCCUGAUGUCUCGUAUACCCAAUCCUUCUACGCGGUCUACUCCGUCCUCCCCUGCAAAAUCCUCGCUGAGACCCUCGUCCCGUACAGCGACCACGUCUACAACGUCACGCAUUAGACCACCAAGUAGUCCAACGCCCACGCUGCGAAAGCAGGCAAGUUCCAAGAGCCUCAAAUCACCAUCCAAGACCGCGCGUCGCACAUCGCCUAUAGAAGAUGUACCGCCAGUACCAAAGGUACCGACCCUUAGCAUCAAGGAGCAGAUAGCCCUCAAGAGGGCGGAAGCUCAGAAGGCCAAAGCAUCUCCAGCAAAGACGAGUGGUUUGGAUUUGGAAGGUCUGGAGGACGCCUUGCCCGUUAGUCCUCAAGAGGAUAUGUUUGAUCUUGGCCGAUGGUCAGUGAAGGAGACGAUUGAACGCGCUCGUUCCUCAGUAUUCAAGUAUUCUAGAGAGUCUGUCAUGACCUUGUUAUCGAACUGCGCCAUCAGCUCAUUGCUGGUCUGACCGGCUGCUAGGACCGCUGUAAGCUGGUGCGUGAAUCGAGAGCUACCAUCCAACUCUUGAUACAUUUAUCAUGCUGCAGUGCACGGACGCGUUAACGUGAUUCUGGGGGCUAAUCACGCGAAAUGUAUCUUCUUACCUUUUCCAUAUAUGCUUCCAUUUUUACUCUUGUAUUGAUCAACACAUUCGUUCAGGUGCUCUGAAUCUCGCGUCCCGAUGUCUGCCCUGUUUACCUUCAGCUCUUUUCGAGAUACAUCUCGGCAUUACGCCAGAACCUCUGAAGCUGGUUCCUGUCGAGCCGCCAAUUACAAAUGCCACGUCGGAUGAGCCUACUACCUCGCGUCGCAAAGGUACAAGUCAUCAAGGCCCAUCGUGGUACGAAGCCCAAGAUUUAGAGAUAAUCAAGGCAUGGUCAAAUGAAAUAGUUGAAGUUCAACCGGAGAUCAACAUGUUUGGGUCGCUCAAGACGAUAGAUCUGCACAACAACAAACUGACAUACUUGCCCGACACGUUUGCCGAUCUGACCGCUCUCACUAUUCUUGAUCUUUCGCACAACCAACUACAGUCAUUACCUACGAACCUCUGGGCUCUGCCAAACCUGACAACCCUUAACCUGUCACACAACGUGCUCGUUGCGCUUCCAUUCUCCAGUCCAUUCACUUCUUCGGAUUCCAACCCACUCUCACGAACCGUUGAUCCUAGGGGUGAUUGGUAUGGUCAGAACAUCACUCGCGCCGUAAAGCCGUUACCGAAGUUGACGACCUUGGAUGUGUCGUACAAUUGCAUCACAGCACAAUCUGUUGACCAUCGUCGCAGCGUUCAGUCUGGUCAAGGUGAUGGUGUUUGGUUACCGGAGGGCUUGAUGAAAUUGGAUCUAAGUUUCAAUCCGUUGGGCGAAUCUACUGCCCUUUUGCGAGCCCUCUCGUUGCUGAAGAACCUCCAGGAACUCAAAGCUGAGCAUGCCGAUAUUGGCAACAAUUCCUUCCCUGCAAAUUUGUUCUCUGCCAGUUCUUCACCGCCGCCUUUUGCCAGACUCACAGUGCUCGACAUCGGAGAGACACAUGUUACCAAACCUGCCAUUGAAGCCGCUCUACUCCCGAACGUCUUGCGCAAGACCUUGGAUUUUGAUAUCACAGCUGGUCCUCCUAAAGCCGAAGGCGUUCUGCGGGUCAUUGUGGGGAAGAAGAUAAUCAAAGAAGCUUGGGAAAUCGAGGCCGAGCGUAGGGUCGCAGCAAGACUAAACAGGGCACGAAAUGUCAACUUAGAUACGAGCGAAGAGACCUACUUUAGUACACCCACGAAGACUUUGACUAGCGCUAUCCGACCUGCAAAACAAGAAGCGGCGAAAGAAGCUUGGGAAAUCGAAGCUGAGCAGGGUCUUUUGACUGAGGGUGCCAAGAGACGGGCCAGGGCCCUUGCUGCCACACAUGCUGCAUCCCCUUCUACUUCCAAUCCGCCAUCCAACAAACCGCAGCCAGUUCAAGUGCAAAAGGAACCCUGGGAGAUCGAAGCCGAGAUGGGGCUCCUUACCGCUGGUGGACGCCGACGAGCCAGGGCAGCAGCGAUGGCGGCCAGUCUUUCCGUGUCCCCUUCCCCCGAGAAUCCGAGCACACCUGUAGCAAGCGCAACGCCUUCGCCUACAGCAUCUUCCGGGUCCGCCCUAUCGAAUCCACAGUAUUACAAUGUUGCUACACAAACAUUGACACUCCCGGCAUCUGUCGCGCUGACUAUGAAGAAUGCCUUUGGGCAUGCUCGAUCAUUCUCAUUUGCACCUGCCAAGUCGUCAUCUUCCGGAGUUCCUGCAUCCUCAUCGGACCUUGCGCUCGCUAUUCCGACGCCAACGCUUCCAUUGGCAGUUAUCGCAAUACAAUCGUUCGCAUCAACUCUCAAAAGCCUGAUUCUCAAUAAUCGCCGAAUGGACCCAUCUUUCAAUCUGCCUUUAGACGAGAGCGGCAGUCCGUUCCUGCCUCAGUUGGAGGAGCUUAGCCUGCAGGAUUGUAAUCUGGGCAAUACGGUAUCCGUCUCUAGGUCGCAGGAUGCCAAUGCCGCGAGAACAAAUGAACUUCUACUGCCGCUUCUCGUCAAGCUGUUCCCUAACUUGAGGACGUUGGACCUCUCAUAUAAUAAUUUGACCUCCGAUGCGCUUGGCGGCGAUGUCUUAUCAUCCCUAAUCCUCGCGACCAACAAUAUCGAAACUCAACCUCGAAAGGGCUUGCGACAUCUCCGAUUACGAGGGAACAAGCUUUCGAAUUUGGAUGGAUUCAUCUCGGUCUCAGGGCUGUUCAAAGGUCACAAAGAUGGUCGGGACGUCGAGAGCUGGAAACUGGAGGAGUUAGAUGUGAGAGACAACGAGAUCGGGAGGCUACCCCCGGAGCUUGGGUUACUCCCGUUGGACGUGCUCUUGGUUGAUGGCAAUGUGUUCCGUGUUCCACCGAGAAGAGUCUGGGAACGAGAAGGCACCAAGGGUCUCCUUGGGUGGCUGCGAGGAAGGAUAGAGUGAUAGUAAUAUCGGAGUUGUAACAGCUUAUGAUACCAUUAAUACAAUGUCAUUUCAUGUAGCUACUCACUCUGAUUCAGUGUAGAUGGUGGGGCUGACGAACGAGACAUUGAAGGGAGUGUAAGGCUGUAUUUGGGAGGUAGAGGAGCCCUUGUAGAAAAUGAUACAAAACGACCGAAGGUAGAAAAGGCGGCGGCUGACUAGUGAGAUGAGGCCGGAAACGCGUGACACGCGUUCCAUCCACCUUCCAAGUGUGUGCCGUCGGUUUGCACUGCCAAUGAACAGCACGAUGCGAG